AAAUCGGAAGACAUUGAUUUUUCGGAAGACGAAGAGUUGCUUGAAUUACUAAAAGCCGAUCAAGAAAUCGAAGCGCCGAAGCCUUUGGAUGACACAGAAGUAUUUGAAACAUUUUUGGAAAUGGAAAAAGAUCGCGUUGUGGUCGAUGUGGUCGAAUUCGAUUGGGUAGCUUAUGAACGUAAGAAGGAACUAAACAACAUAGCGACAGAUACGCUUGUGUUUCUAAAGGAGCUCAUAAAGCAUGCGGUAGACAAAGUUGAAUAUGUCGAUCCAAAAGUUUUAUUGCGUCAGAAUCUUGAUAAAGCUGCAUUAAUUGCCGAGAUUGUGCAAAAAUUAGCAGAGCUUGAAGCAGAGCAGAAAUCGCGCACCUAUCUUAAUCGCCGCGUUGUUGAGUAUUUCUACCGCAAGGGCCAAUAUCGUGUUUUUACUGAGGAUCCGCCAGAUACAAUAAAUUACGAAAUGGAAAGAUUCAAAGAAGCCACAACCAAACUCGAUCUUAUGCUUGCCAGAGAACAAGAGGUUAANCUUGAGGAAGUGGUUAGGAAGACUUUCGCCCAUAAAGGGGAUCGUUUAUCGCUGGCGGUUGAUUCGCAAUUGCGAACAAUGGGCAAGUUGCGCGACGAAAUCUCUGCAGUGCGGUAUAUUUUGAUACAGAAGCAGCACUCCAGUGCCGCGAUGACCGAG